AUGGAUUCAUUAACAAGAAGGAUUAUAAAAGAGUCACAAAGAUUGGUUACUGAACCUGCUCCAGGUAUAAGUGCUACACCACAUACUGAUAACUUACGCUAUUUCAAUGUUAUAAUAUCAGGACCUGAAGGAUCUCCUUUCCAAGGAGGAGUGUUUCAUUUAGAGUUGUUCUUAACUGAUGACUACCCAAUGUCUGCACCUAAAGUUCGUUUCUUAACAAAGAUUUAUCACCCUAAUAUUGAUAAGCUUGGUAGGAUUUGUUUAGAUAUAUUAAAAGAUAAGUGGAGCCCUGCACUACAGAUACGUACAGUGUUAUUGUCGAUUCAAGCUCUACUUUCUGCACCAAAUCCUGAUGACCCUUUGGCUAAUGAUGUUGCGGAACACUGGAAAUCAAACGAGAAGGAUGCCAUUGAAAGAGCCAGGGAGUGGACACGCAUAUAUGCAGUAUAA